CGCCAUGGGCUCCUUUUACCGCGGUGACCUCAUCUCUUAUGGCAGCGGCAGGACUCGGCUCCUUCCGCUGCUCUCCGCCUCUGUCGCCGCUUCGCUCGGCCUUCUCCCGCCGGAAACCCCGACAGGCUCGCGCGGCGGCGGCGGCCGUGCCGGCGGAGCCCCGUCCGGACCCGGCGGACGCCUUUCCGACGCCCUUCAUCGGAGGAUGCAGCGAAAUGAUGUCAUCAGCAAGACUCCACCCUUCCUCUGGCCCUGCUGAGGAGGGAACGACCCCCCCUCGCUGACGGUCUUAGCCCAGGUUGAAGCAGCAGCCAGUCACCUUCAUCUCCAUGACAUCACAGCGCGGCGUCGCCAUGGAGCUCCUCAUUGGCUGACAGCGGCAGGCGAGGGGGGAGCAGGAUCGUUUGACAUGUCGGAGCGUGCCGGGUGCCCGUCUGUACCCGGGCUCCCGCGGCCCGGUGCCGUGCGACCCAUCAGGGCAGAGGCGCUGGUGGCGCUGCUGGAGGGGGGCCUGGAGCGGGCGGUCCUGAUCGACAGCCGGCCCUUUGUGGACUUCAACGCCGCGCACAUCCUGGAGGCCGUCAACGUGAACUGCUCCAAGCUGAUGAAGAGGAGGCUGCAGCAGGACAAGGUCCAGAUCACAGAGCUGCUGCAGCACUCCGCCAAGAAGGAGCUGGACCUACAGGCGGCUCAGGAGGUGGUGGUCUACGAUCAGAGCUCGUCAGACCCGGCUGCUCUCGGAUCCGACUGUUUUCUCAGUGUCCUGCUGGUCAAACUGGAGAAGAACUUCACGUCCGUUCACCUGUUGUCAGGGGGGUUCUCCACGUUCUCGCGCCUGUUUCCCGGACUGUGUGAGGGGAGGUCUGCGCUCGUGCCCUCCUGCGUCUCCCAGCCCUGCCUCCCCAUCAGCAGCCCGGGCCCGACCCGCAUCCUCCCACACCUGUACCUGGGCUGCCAGCGGGACGUCCUCAACACGGAUCUGAUGCGUGAGAACGACAUCGCGUACGUCCUAAACGCCAGCAACACCUGUCCCAAGCCGGACUUCAUCCCAGAAUCCCACUUCCUUCGCGUUCCGGUCAACGACUCCUUCUGUGAGAAGAUCCUGCCGUGGUUGGACCGCUCUGUGGAGUUCAUUGAGAGGGCCAAAGCCUCCAACGGCCGGGUUCUGGUCCACUGCCUGGCGGGAAUCUCCCGCUCGGCCACCAUCGCGAUCGCCUACAUCAUGAAGAGGAUGGACCUGUCGCUGGACGAGGCGUACAGGUUCGUGAAGGAGAAACGGCCGACCAUCUCGCCCAACUUCAACUUCCUGGGUCAGCUGCUGGACUUUGAGAAGAAGAUCAAGACUCCUCCCAGUGCUGACGGCAGACUGAAGCCCCUCCCCUCAACGGCGCCUGGCUGCGGGGCGCCAGCUCAGCUGAAGGAGGAGGAGCCCCCGGCCGACCUAGAGGCCCCGCAGGAGGCGGUACCCUGCGUUUUGGCGGACACCUCAGAGGAACUGGUUCAGGCUGUGGGGGGCCUGCAGCUGGACGGGCCCGAGGACAACGCCCGGCUGAAGCGCUCUUUUUCUCUGGACAUCAGGUCAUAUGGCGAGGAGCCAGGCUCCGCCCAUGCUGCGCCGGCCCCUCAUGUGGAGGAUUUCUACAAAGCGCCUCCUUUCAAGGAGACGGCUGGAAAGCUGUGCCAGUUCUCCCCGGUGGAGGAGGUGUCGGAGCAGUCCACUCCGGAGCAGAGUCCCGAUAAGGAGGUGGCGGGCGGCGUGGAGCGAGCGGCUCCGCCCACCUGCUGCAGGAAACCUCCACCAACGGCCCCCAUCUGUCCAGGCCAGCUGCAGCGCAGUGGCAGCAUGGAGGAGAAUGCCACCAGCUUCCUGUGGGGCGUGUCCUGCAGCCAGCAGCACGUGACGCGGUCGGGCGCCGGCGCCGCCCUGAAGGGCUGGCACUCCGACAUCCUGCUGGGGCCCGUCUCCACGCCCUCGCUGGCCGCCGGCUGGUACCUGUCGCCGGAGUCUUCGCACUUCUAUUCCAGCUCAGCCGUCCUCAGUGGUGGCGGCUUGCCGGCUUACAGCUGCGGCGCCGGCCUGGAGGCUGUGCGGCGCCGUGGCCGGCAGCGUGCGGCGGAUCGCUGCGACUCUCGGCGGAGCUGGCACGAAGAGAGCAGCUUCGAGAAGCAGCUGAAACGCCGCAGCUGCCAGAUGGAGCUGGGAGACGCCCACGGGCCGUCCAGGGAGGAGGGCGCCGCGGCGAGGAGGGGCUCCGGAUUCUCCAGCAGCAUGGAGGUCAUCCAGGUGUCCUGAGGAGGCGCCUCGCCGCCGGUAGGGGGCGGGGAGAACGUGCACAUACCGCUGCGGGUCACAUGGACCCCGAUGAUCAUGUUCUCACCAGACCUGUGAUGGACCCGAACUGAGGUUCUGUUCUGGACCGGAGGGCAGCGGGUCAAGAGGUCCCACCAGGACUGGUGCCGGGCCUUCCGAGGGUCCAAACUGAAAAUGUGAAGUCUGUCUUCAGAUUUACCUCUGCUCAGGUUCUACUGCUGUUUCCGGUUCUGGUCCGAGUUGGAGCCCAGGUGUCUCUUUUGGAUCAGUCUGGACUCCGUGCUGGUUCUGGUCUGUCACCAGCCCUCCUAACGCAGUGUUCUCUCUGUCUGGAUGUGGAUCUGGAAGCGGUUUUUCCGCCCUUGGGUCAGUUCUAGGGACCUGAGGAACCGGUCGGGAGUCUGAACUGGGUCGGUGGCGGGAAGAUGUAGCAAAAUGUUGAAUCCGAGUUUUUAUUUUUUAGAAGUGCGGCUGAUCCGCGUUUGUGGUUCUGUUUGAUCUGCUGAGUGGUCCCGUGUUCCUGAUGAUGUGAUGGUUCCGAGUGACUCCAAUAAAGUCUUCCUCUAUCGUGUC